GGCUGGAAAAGGGACGGGGGGAACAGUUCCCGCCUGUUUCCCUCGUAGUUUUCCCUCUGGUCCGUCCACAGCCUAGUUAAGCGCUGAUAGCUGCGCAAACAAUUAUAUUGCGUUGUUCAAUCAACGGUGCUAUGUCUGGACGCGGGAAAGGAGGGAAAGGGUUGGGGAAAGGCGGUGCUAAGAGGCACCGCAAGGUCUUGCGAGACAACAUCCAGGGCAUUACCAAGCCUGCGAUCCGCCGCUUGGCUCGCCGUGGCGGGGUGAAGCGCAUCUCCGGGCUGAUCUAUGAAGAGACCCGCGGGGUGCUGAAGGUUUUCCUGGAGAACGUGAUCCGCGAUGCGGUGACCUACACCGAGCACGCCAAGCGGAAGACGGUGACGGCCAUGGAUGUGGUGUACGCUCUGAAACGCCAAGGCCGCACCUUGUACGGCUUCGGGGGCUGAUCUCUCUUUCGAACCCUACGUGGAAAUCAUUCAACACAAAGGUCCUUUUAAGGGCCGCUCACGGCUGCAUAAAACGAGUUGGUCUUGCUGUGUAUUGUGAGCUAAGAUCAAGCGUGAGUAGUCUUUUGGCUUAUCCAAGGCUGUGAUCAACUUUCUUGAUUUUGGUCUUUUAGGCUCAAGUUGAAAACCUUGUCUGUGUCUCUGGGACCUUGAACUAAAAACAUUUAAGUUACAUGGAUAUUAACAUGGUGUUUAAAUCUGGUAUGGAUAUUAGAAUUUAAAUGUGUUUUCAACUAAGUUACUACAAUGUUAGUGAUACUGUUACAGUAAAAGUUUUAAAAACACUCC